AGAGACCGCAACGAUCUUAUCUGCAGAUACCGCCGAGUAGCGGGAGUGCGUCCACCUGACACUGUGGGGGUGGUGCCGUCACUUCAGGUUAAGAAAAAGAAAGAGAAUGAGUGAAAAAGAUGUCAUUUGAGUCCAUGCACUUGGAAACGUGCUGCUCCAAUGAUGAUGUGCUCAGGGCAAGCGGGGCUUCUCGACGUGCGAUGCACGAGAAGUUCACGUCCGGGGGCGCGGGUUGUGAGUUCUACGAAGUGCUCGCCAUCCUUGGAAUCAUAAUUCUUAGUGUUUUCAAUCAGACACUCAUCCGGAGUCUUCUGAGAUUCGUCUCAUUCGAAUGCAAAUUGCUACGAUGGACGUCGGAUGUGUUUCUCUUCUGUUUUCCUUCGUUCAUGGCCCUCAUGCUCCCCGAACAAUUCACGAACAUCUGCAUGAUCCUGAUAUCUCUGAACAUAAUGUUCGGGACGAUGCUGACCUUCGCGGCGCAUCGGAGAGCGAAGACGGCAAGAGUAAUCCACGACCCUCCUCCCGAAUGCAGCGGGAAACUUCAUCAUCACUCGUAUUUCAUACCCCUGUCCUAUGUUCGAGCUCUGACCGUGACUCUAACUCUGUACUGCAUUCUCGCCGUUGACUUUCCGAUAUUUCCGAAGCGUUACGCCAAAACGGAAACCCACGGCUUCAGUCUCAUGGAUAUUGGGGUCGGUCUUUUCGUCUGCCUCGCGGCUGGCUUCUCUGUCAUCAAAAAAAAGCAACGAUUCCGCUCCGAGAUGAAAAGCGCUUUUUGGAUGAUUCUCCUCGGGCUGCUGCGACUCGCGAUGGUCACCUGGUUCGAUUACCAAUCACCGAUACUCGAAUACGGGAAGCAUCUGAACUUUUUCUUCUGCUUUUCGGCGACAAAAGCGAUUUGCGCAGCAUUCUACGCGAUUUUCCCAGAGCAUUGGGACUUUUUCGUCGGUGCAGCGGUUUAUCUCGCUUAUCAGCUGGCGCUGCAAUCGCAAAGUCUCCACUUUCUGCUCCAUUCAUUGGAUCGUGAGGGAUUCUUGAUGGCCAACAAAGAGGGUCUUGCGUCCAUAUUUGGAUCCUCAUGCCUGUUCCUGCUGACAUCGGCCGUCUGUCAGAGAUUUGUAUAUAAAGUCAAGAAUUGCAAGUCCGAGUGGUUCUACUUCGUGUUCCAAAUGAUCCUCCUGUCAUCAUCAUGCAUGGCAACGGCGCUGCUCAUGCACAAUGACACAGUACCCGUUUCGAGGAGGCUGUUCAACCUGCCCUACAGUCUGUGGGUGCUGUCAAUCUUCCUCAUUUGUUUGAUAAUGGCCUCUCUAAUAAGAUUUAUUGAUCUCGUGUCGUCGUGCGGAGGUUACAAUCUGGUGACGCUCCAACAUCUGAACCCUGAGGUGGACACCGUCGACGACAUCGUGCAAGCGGUGAACAAAGGCGCAAUUUGGAUUUUCCUCCUCGGGAACAUUCUGACCGGCGCGAUAAAUUUAGUUCUCAGCGGAAGCAUUUCUACGCUGAAUGCGAGCGUCUCUGUCCCGAUCCUGAUCGCAUACGGAACCACUCUCCUCGCAUUCGCGCUAUUCUUCUUCCCGAAGCCCAAGGUCGAGACUGACCUCGCCAAAAAGUCUGAAUGAGAUCCACCGACUUUAUUUUUGUGAUGUACAGAUACUAAUAAAUGCUCCUGUGAGGAUCGGUGGAGCUCAUCCUUCGCAGUCCGCCGGAACGCAU